AUGUCUCAGAUGAUUAAAUUAAAGAUUAAACAAAAACAUCAACAACAACAACAACAACAGCACAGAAAUACAAUUUGGAUAAAUAAUCAAAAAUGUGAACAUACUUAUAAUAACGACAAUAAUAAUAAUACGAUAAUAACGAUAAUAAUAGUAUUCAUAGAUAAUAGAUAUAGAAUUGAUAAUGAAGAGUUUAUAGAUAAACAGAUUAAUAAGAAUCAUAUUAAACCACCUAUUAUCCUCUUGAAAGAGGGAACAGAUACAUCACAAGGUGUACCACAAUUGAUUAGUAAUAUAAAUGCAUGUUGUGCGAUCGUAGAUACAGUCAGAACAACAUUAGGACCACGUGGUAUGGACAAGUUGGUUUAUCAAUCAGAGAAGAAUGUCACCAUCUCUAAUGACGGUGCAACAGUGAUGAAGUUGUUGGAUAUCGUUCAUCCAGCCGCCAGAACACUGGUCGACAUUGCAAAGUCACAGGACAGCGAAGUCGGUGACGGAACUACCUCUGUCGUCGUCAUGGCUGGCGAGUUCCUCAAGGCGGCCAAGCCAUUCAUCGAAGAGGGAAUUCACCCACAGAUCAUCAUCAGAGCAUAUAGAUCGGCAUGCGAACUCGCCAAACAAAAGAUUCGUGAGCUCUCUGUCGACAUCAAGUCGGAGGACAUGCGUGAGUUCCUCGAGAAGUGCGCAUCGACCGCAAUGAACUCCAAGCUCAUCUCUUCACACAAGGACUUCUUCUCAAAGAUGGUUGUCGACGCCGUUCAACUGCUCGACGACUCUAUCGAUUUGGACAUGAUUGGAAUCAAGAAGGAGUCUGGUGGUGGUAUGGAAGAUACCAUCUUUGUCGCCGGUGCCGCCUUCAAGCGUACCUUUUUCUAUGCCGGUUUCGAGCAACAACCAAAGCACAUUGAGAAUCCAAAGAUUCUUUGUUUGAACAACGAGCUUGAGCUCAAGGCAGAGAAGGACAACGCCGAGAUCCGUAUCUCUGAUCCAACUAAAUAUCAGGCGUUGGUCAACGCCGAGUGGAAGUUGUUCUACGACAAGCUCGAGUCGAUCCACGCUUCCGGUGCCAAUGUCAUCUUGUCGCGUCUCGCCAUCGGUGAUUUGGCCACUCAGUAUUUCGCCGACAAGAAGAUGUUCUGCGCUGGACGUGUCCCAGAGGACGACAUCAAGCGUGUCUGUCGUGCCACCGGUGCUGUCAUCCAAACCACCGUUUCCAAUAUCAUUCCAACUGUAAUCGGAAGUUGCGAUUUGUUCGAGGAGCGUCAAGUCGGUGGAAAUCGUUACAAUAUGUUUACAGGCUGCAAGAAGACACAGACCGCCACUAUCAUUCUCAGAGGUGGAGGAGAGCAAUUCAUCGAUGAAGCCGAGCGUUCGUUGCACGAUUCCAUUAUGAUUGUGCGUCGUGCUCGUAAGCAUCGUUCUGUCGUGGCCGGUGGUGGUGCCACCGAGAUGGAACUCAGCAAAUACCUCAGAGAUCACGCUCUCACCAUCGAGGGUAAGCGUCAAUUGUUGAUUACAGCCUACGCCAAGGCAAUGGAGGUGAUUCCACGUCAGAUCUCUGACAAUGCCGGUUUCGACUCGACCGACAUUCUCAACCAACUUCGUCAGAAACACUCUCAGGGUGAAAAGUGGUACGGUGUCGACAUUGUAAAUGAAGGAAUCUGUGACACCUACAAAUCCGCAGUCUGGGAGCCAACCAUUGUUAAAUUGAAUUCGAUCACCGCCGCCACUGAAGCCGCCUGUUUGAUUCUCUCUGUAGAUGAAACCGUUUCCAACAACCAAAGUGAACAAGCUCAAGCCGGUCCAAAUAUAGAUCCAAGAACCCGUGCUGCUCUCGGUCGUGGUGGUGGAGUCAGUGCCAUGAGAGGUAGAAGAUAA